GAACAAACAGAAAAAAGAUAUAGAAAUAAAAGAAAUCCAAAGAAAUAGUUAAAUAUUAUUAUCAUGUCUGAUAUUUUACGACUGACAUAUGUUCUAAUAAUUUUACCCAUUUAAUUAUAUAUGACGGGUCGAUAAAUUUUUUAAUUAUUUUAUUCACAAUUUAGCGCCCUUUAAAUUACAAAUAAUUAUUACUGCCCAAUGAAUUUAUUUUGCCUUGAGUCACAUGUUGCUAUUAUGUAAUUAAAUAAGUCAAGGUUAUAUAUAGGCCAAAAUAAAAAAUAGUUUAAUAUCGAAAAAGGAAGUUGAACGACAAUUAAGAAUAAUGCCUGAAAAUAUUAAUCGUUCUGCAACUCUCAUAGGUGCAAUUGAUGAAGGUACGAGUAGCGCUAGAUUUUUGGUAUUUGAUAUUGUACUUAAAAAAGUAGUGGCAUCUCAUCAAAUUGAGAUCAAACAAAAGUAUCCUCAAGAAGGAUGGGUAGAACAAGAUCCAAAAGAGAUCCUUCAAGCUGUAAUACAAUGUAUAAAAAAAACAGUCGAAAAAUUAAAAGAGUUUGGCAUAAGUCCAUCAGAUAUCAAAGCAGUUGGUAUUACAAAUCAAAGAGAAACUACUUUACUUUGGGAUAAAGAAACAGGAGAACCUUUGCAUAACGCAAUUGUAUGGUUAGAUAUGAGAACGACAACAACGAUGGAAGACGUACUUGAAAGUAUUCCAAAUAAAACUAGGAAUAAAAAUUAUUUAAAACCUCUUUGCGGUCUUCCAAUGUCUCCUUACUUUAGUGCAUUAAAAAUACGAUGGUUAAUCGAUAAUGUACCACGUGUUAAGCAGGCUAUUGAAGCACAAAGAUGUGCUUUUGGAACAAUUGAUACUUGGUUGAUAUGGAAUCUUACCAAGGGACAAUUACAUAUGACAGACGUAUCUAAUGCAUCGCGUACAAUGUUAAUGAAUAUAGAGACUUUAAAAUGGGAUCCUUUAUUAUGUCGUUUCUUUGGAAUACCUCAACAUAUCCUUCCACAAAUAAAGUCAAGCGCUGAAGUAUAUGGUACUAUUUCAAAUCCUUCAGUUUUGGCUGGUAUACCUAUUGCAGGUUGCGUAGGUGAUCAGCAAGGAGCUUUGUUAGGUCAGUUGUGUUUAAAACCAGGAGAGGCAAAAGCUACAUAUGGCACUGGCUGUUUUUUACUUUAUAAUACUGGAAAUGUAAAAGUUGACUCAACUCAUGGCUUGAUAACAACAAUUGCUUAUAAAAUAGGAAAAUCGCCAGCAGUUUAUGCGUUAGAAGGAUCAGUAGCAGUAGCAGGAGCUGCUUUAUCUUGGCUGAGAGACAAUUUAGAACUCUUUAGUAAUUUUUCCCAGUCACAAGAUAUGGCAGAAAAUGUCAGAUGUUCCGGAGAUGUAUAUUUUGUUCCUGCGUUUUCUGGUUUAUAUGCACCUUAUUGGCAACAGGAUGCACGCGGAGUUAUCUGUGGUAUUACUGAAGAUACACAACACUAUCAUAUUGUCAGAGCUGCUCUUGAAGCGGUAUGUUUCCAAACAAGAGAUAUUUUAGAAGUUAUGGCAAAAGAUUCUGGUACGAAAUUGACAACACUUCAAGUUGAUGGUGGAAUGACUGUAAAUAAUUUAUUGAUGCAACUUCAAGCAGAUUUAACUGGAAUAACCGUUGUAAGACCUAAUAUGGUAGAAACAACGGCAUUAGGUGCAGCCAUCUUGGCAGGUGUUGGAACUGGCUUAAUUGAUAUUAAUGAUAUAGAUGUCUCGCAAGUUACGAAAUUUACACCUGUGAUAGGAGAAGAUGAACGAGAUCUCAGAUAUUCCAAAUGGAAAAUGGCUAUAGAAAGGUCCAUGAAAUGGGAUAAUUCUUCAACGUUGAUGAACGAUUAAUUAUUUGUAUAAAACUUGUAAGUAUUAGUUUACAAAUUCUAGCGAAUAAUUGAUAUGUGCACAAAAGAAAGAAUCAUUUUUAUAAAAGAUACUCUAAACACAUCUAUACAUAUUUUCUUCUCUUGCUUGUA